AUGUAUUUAAUUCUUCUAGCAGGUCAUGAUCCUAAAACUCCUAAAACGAAUGCAGAUUUUAAAAAAGAAUUAGAAGAGGAAGAAUAUAGAAAGUCACAGGUAUCUGAAAUAGCUUCUGAGGAAACAGAAAAAAGGGCUAUGAAAGCUAAACUUCGUGUUAAGACAUAG